AUGUCGCAGCGCCUGCCCCGUUCGCCAGUGGUGCUCGCCAGCCUGCUCGCCAGCCUCGCCUGGCGCGGCGCGCUGGUCGGCAUCCUGACCGCGCCGCUCUACUGCUGCUUCGGCGUCCUGUACGCGCUCCUCCUCCUGCCGCGCGUCCUCCUUCGCAAGCUGGACCGCCGCGCAUUUGGGCCGACGCUCGACGCCGCCGACGGCGGCGGGAUGGGCGGGCUGCUGCUCGCCCUCGAGGCGCCCCUCGCGCUGCUGUCGUACGUGCUGUACCAGACCACCAAGUUCUUCGUGCUGCCGAUGAUGAGCUCCUUCGAGGCGGCGCGGCGCGGCGUGGACGAGACGUGGGUCGACAAGCUGCACGAGAAUAUCGAGGACCCCGGCCGGAUCCCGCGGCUGACGGUGUUCGCCGCCAUCUGCUGGGCCCCUCGGUGGAACACGCACACGAAUGUGCACGUCCUGUGGCUGAUGGACCCGCCCGAGGGCGAGGCCACCUUCGAGGUCGAGAAUGUGCGCCAGCGCGGAUUUUCGUGGCAGGUCAUCUUCUACGACGGGCGGCAGCAGACGCUCGGCUCGAUUGCCUCCUCGCCAACGGGCGGAGAGUGGCUGGCGCUGACGCUCCGGACGGCGGGCGCCCUGCAGCUCACCAUACGGCCGUACCUUUUCGAUGGCUGCGCCUCGGCGACACUGCCGCGCGUGCGGAUGAACGGGGUGGAGGUGACGCGGGGCGCGCCGGUGGUCUUCAAGCGCGAGCGGCUCGGCUUCAACGCGAGGCUGAAGGGUGCGUACGAGACGCCGCUGCACUGGGCGCUGCAGUGGCACACGCACACGUACGUCUUGCUGUGCUGCCGCAGCAUGGUGUCGGCCGAGGCCGCCGUGCGCGCCAUCUACCUGCCCGUCGGCAACCCGGAGACGCAGUGGCUGUACGGCGCGACGCAGCAAGGGUACUCGCUGCGCUUCGAGCUGCCCGCGUCGCUGCUCGAGGAACAUCUCGUCUUUUGCAGCGUCUACGACCGCGCCUCCUUCCCGCUGCUGCCCUCGCUGCAGGUGGAGCGGCCGUCGCACACGCUGCCGCCGUGUGGCGAGGACGGCUUCUGGGCGACGCGGAUCGUGCGCAAAGAUGGCACCGCCACGAGGCCGGAGGUGCUUCCGUCGGCGACUGGGGCAAGGCACCGUGCGCGCGCGACGCCGGCCCGCGAGCGGGAGCAGGGUGGCCAUCUUGUAUUUGCGCAUAGCUGCGACACCGACUGCGACCAGCGCCACGAGUUCGCGGGGGGCGGGUCCGGCGCGGCGAGCGAGUCGCGGAUCGAGGCGAGCGAGGGGCGGAGGAUCACCGUGUCGAUGAAGGCGCGGAGCUCGGCCGAGUCGCUCACCUCUUUGAAGAUGGGCUUGAAGGCGAUCCGAAAGGCGCGGCCGAUCUCCGCCUGCGCGGCCUCCGUGACCGCAGCCUCCGAAUCCUGCAGCGCGUCUUCGGGGCCGUACCCCGCUCGCACCUUUGACGCCAGCAGGCCCGGGUCAAACUGCAGCGAGCUCCCCACGGACUCGAGCGCCUCGUUCACGGCGUUGACCUCUCUCUGCACCUCGUCGCGCGCGCCCUCCGCCGCCGGCGAGACCGAGGAGACCUCGACGGCGUUGUCUGGAAGCGCAAUGCUCGCGAGGAAGGUGGCCUGGCUCCUCAUCCUCGCGGCGCGCAGCACCGCCGUCCGCCUCUUCGGGGCGCGCGCCGCCGCGGCCAUCGCCGCCAGCCGCUGCCCCGCCACCAGCCGCCUGAUCGCCAGCCGCCACCCCAGCCGGGGUGUCGCCCAGCGACAAGCCGCUGAUGGAUGCCAAGACCGCAGCUGCGUCCCCCCAGCCCCGCGGGCCGAGAAGAGCUCGGCGGAGCUUCUCCGCCUGGCGGUCGUGGAUGUCGAGCGAGCCGAUGCCCUUCUCAGCGACCUCCUCGAGGAGGUCGCCGGCAUCGCCAACGCCCAGCUCCGCGAGCCGCCCCUCAUACCUGCGGUAGAGGAUGUCGGCGACGCCCGCGCGCUUGAACAGAGCCGCGAGCGGCUCUCGCAGGGGGCGGGGGAGUUGGCUCUCGGCGGUGACGGCGCAGGGUGGCAUAAUGGCGGCGGCUUUGUCUUUGACUGCAGUGCGCACACGCGCACCUGCCUUCUCGGGAAUAUCAUUGCGUACACGCCAUAUGCGUUCGACAUCAACAACUUCGUCUACGCGCACCUGAACAACCUGGCGCAGGAGGCUCCCGAUGUAAAGCCGUUUGAGGAGAUGUCGCCGCCUGAGUGGGCAUCCGCUCUCGAGGUCACUGUCAAGCAGUUCGUGUACCGGAUCGUCAAGUACCGCGACAAAGGCUUCCGCAGGCACGCUGCGCAGCAGCAGGCGCAGCUGGCGGUGCAUCCGAACAUGCUGCUGACCAACAACAAAAGUUUCGACAUGCCUUACUAG